AUGCUCACCAUCCGCCCCGUCCGCGAGAGCGACGCCCCCUCCAUCGCGAACAUCUGUCUCCUGACCGGCAACGCCGGCGCGUCCGCCGAACACCUGCACUCUUCCUCUCGCCGCGAUCUGCUCGGCUCGGUGUGGGCGCUGCCGUACGUGCACCUGCCGCAUACGUUCGGCUUCGUGCUCGUCGACGAUGCGGACGAUGUGCCGCAGGGAUAUCUGCUCGGUACGACCGACUCGCUAGCAUUCGCGAAAGUUGAGGAGGAGCAGUGGUGGCCGCCUCUGCGCAAGCGAUACCCGCUGAACGCAUCGGACGACGCGCCCGAAUCCGAACCGCGCACCGAAGCCGACCAGCGCUACAUCUCGCUCAUCCACCGCGCGCCCGACGCGCCGCACCCCGCCGCAUUGGCGCUCAGCCCAGUACACAUGCACAUCGACCUCCUACCCGCCGUACAGCGUCAGGGCUGGGGCCGCAGGAUGAUCGACGCCGCUGUGACGCAUCUGAAAAAGGAAGGGUAUGGGGCGCUGUGGCUGGGGCUGGACCCGGCGAAUGAGAGCGCGGAUAAGUUUUAUGCGAGGUUGGGCUUUGAGGGGAUUGAGGGCGCGCCGAGCAAUGUGCGCGGUUUGCGGUUUGAGAGGUGGGCGGCGUGA